AUGGCUUUCUUCACAGCCCGAUCCCAUGCCGCGCCUGUCCCCACAAAGAUAACCUUCUUCGCCAACUCGUUCUGCCCCUUCGCUCAGCGCAUCUGGAUUGCCCUGGAGAUAAAGGGUGUUCCAUAUCAAAUGGUCGAGAUAAUGCCGACACCUGUCGACAGUUACAGACCACCAGAGAUGUUGGAGGUGAACCCGGAAGGAAAUAUCCCGUGCAUCAGGCAUGGGAACUGGGGCGUCUGGGAAAGCGGUGUCGUUUUGGAGUAUCUCGAGGAUUUGGCUAUGGGACAUUCCCUGCUGCCACUCGGUAACCCGCAACUGCGAGCACACUGUCGCCUGUGGACGGACCAUAUCAAUCGCAAGAUCCUUCCGAGUUUUUACAGCUUGCUCCUUACCCCGCCACCAUCGCCAAGUGGCGAACAACCAAUGGGUUUAGACGGCAUGCAGGUCGACGGAGACGCACACGCCCAAGCCACCAACGCAGCGUCGGCGGCGCAACAUAGCAUGCUCGUAGCCACACUACAGAAGAACAUCACUUCGCUGGUCAACGCCAGCCAUGCCACGGGGCCGUUCUUCCUGGGCAACGAAAUCGGAUUUGUCGAUGUGGUUUUUGCUCCCUGGAUUAUUCGACUUUCCCGCGUCUUGAGCUACUACCGCAACUUUCCUCGACCGGAAGUUGGCACGCGCUGGAGGCAAUGGGUCGAUGCGAUCGAAGCGGACGAUCGAGUUAGGCGGACCGUGAGUGACGAGAAUUCAUACCACGGUGUAUACAGAGGUGUGGGCGAAGACGGAUGGUGCGCGAAGGAUGUGCAUAAGCCGAUUGUGGAGAUCCAGUAUGCGAGGAAAGUCGUUGCGCAAGAGGGGUUUGGCUUAGGAGGGGAUGUCUGGGGACGUUUAUCGGAAGAAGAGGCCGUCCAUAAUCCCGACGGCGUUGGUCAGACACUAUCAUAA